UGUAGCAGUCUUACUGGUUUAAGUUUCACUGUUAGCUCCAGGGAUAGCUCAGAUCAAUCUGUGGCCUAGCUAGCAACAAUGUCCUAGAGGCUGUCACCUUCUCACACCUCUAUUUGUAUAAUUCAAAGAAUUAGCUCCUUGGACGUCUAUUAAAAAGAAACCUGGAGUGACUCAUCCUUACUGCCCUUGUUUCUCUAUUAUCCAAGUGGCAUGUAAGUGAUGUUCAAGGCAGGGAGAAUUUUAUUUAGAAAUGUUAGGCGCCGGCCUUUUUCCUGGGGCCAAAAAUAGCCCUUUGCUCGGAUCUACUAAAAACAAAUAUUGUACGGUCCUUUCCUGUAAGCGAAGCGUCCGUCUCCCGUCCCCACAAAAUUCUGGCCGCCCGAAAGUGUUUACCCCUGCCCGCUGCGCUGCCUCCUUUCCUUUCAGGGCCUCGUUCCUUUCCCCCCAGAAGUGACCUAGAAACGGGGCGAUCGAGGCUUCCCUUGACGUUUUGAAAUGCCCCACUUUGUUAAAAGUCAAAGGCUCUCACGAUCCGCGGCGAUCAGGUACAGCCCCGGAGAGACAGAGCGCGAAAAAACCCCGCGUUGCGUCAUGUGUAGAAAUUGACGUCAGGAAGGGUGGAACCCGGGGAGCUCGGGGUGGAGCCGAGUCCCUUCAGACAACAGGUCUGAAAGCCGAGCUCCGCGCGGUGAGCAGAGAAGCAGCACCUCGUCCUAGGACGCCGCUCUCGGGGUGCGGCAAGUUAGGGAAAGCGGGCUCGACUUUUUUAACCUGCCGCCCUGAAAGGAAGGCGAGCCCGGCGCUGUUGCGGGGCCUCGCUCUCCAGGAAGAAAAUUCACCUUCUCUUUCUCAUUAGGACAUCUGGACGGGCAGCUCCUGCGAAUGGCUAAAGGUAAAGAGACGGGAAUUCCCAAGCCUGUGACGCAAGUGGAGAGCGAAAUGGCUCAGCCGCCGUCCUGUUCCUUGGAAGGGUCCAGCCCCCCGUCUCCUUACCUCCACAAUUUGCCCUCCUGGGUGCUGGAGGACUUUUGCCAGAAGAUGGAUUGCCUCAACGAGUACGACUGGAUGCGCUUUGCAUCUCAUGUGAUAACUGACCAGACUGAGCUGAGAAAAAUCAAAUGCAUGGAAAAAGCAGGAAUUAGUAUAACAAGAGAACUGAUGUGGUGGUGGGGAGUGCGGCUUGCGACGGUCCAACAAUUGUUGGAACUUCUGCAGGAAUUGGAGUUUUACAGAGCAGCACAAGUGAUUUCAGAUUGGAAGUCACAAAAUCAUGAUUCUGCCAGGACUCUUUUGAAGUCCCCUGAACAGGAGAAGGACUUGGCACAUGAAAAUGGGAAGGAAAAUAAAGAGAAAAUAGGAAAUGGGAUGGAAGUAUCAUCAUCAUUGCCAUACUUGACACAGAUGCAUAAAAGACAGAAUGAUCCUCUUUUAAAAGUAGAUUCAGACGUGCCUCCUUUAUCUCUACCGCCAACUUCCAUGGACCUUCCACAUUCUUUACAUUCAAAUUUCUCAGAUUUCUCAAAUGGAAAGGAGAAAGCUUCUCCUAAUCGUGACACUGCAAGCCUUUUGUGGAUGCCAAGGGAAGUAGAAAUUGUCACCAGCGGCUUCAAUGAAAAAAACCGAAUUAGUGAAGGCCUCUUUGCUACUACUUACAGAGGUCAGAGAGAUAAUGCUCACUAUGUUGUUAAAAAACUAAAAGAGAAUGAGGCCCAAGUAUUUUUUCGUACAGAAGUGCAAAUCUGCUUUCGAUGUUGCCAUCCUAAUAUUCUACAGUUGUUGGGUUUCUGUGUAGAAAGUGGGCUUCACUCCUUGAUUUAUCCCUACAUGGAAAAUGGAUCAUUACUGGACAGGCUACAAUGUCAGGAUAGUUCUGAAGCAUUAUCAUGGGAGAAACGCACCAGCAUAUCUUUGGGAUUAAUUAAAGCCAUUCAACAUUUACAUCAGUUUGGAAUUAUUCAUGGAAAUAUAAAAAGUUCCAAUGUUUUGCUGGAUGCAAACUUUGUACCACAACUUGGACAUUCUGGUCUUAGACUGCAUCCUGUGGAAAAGAAAUCGGAAUAUACUGUGAUAAAAACCAAGGUCUUGAAAGCUUCACUAGCUUACUUCCCAGAAGAUUUUGUCAGGCAUGGGCAGCUAACUGAAAAAGUGGAUAUAUUUGCUUGUGGAAUUGUUUUAGCAGAAAUACUGACUGGCAUGAAAGCAGUAGAUGAAAGAAGAAAUCCUAUUUUUCUGAAAGAUGCUUUGCUUGAAGAACUCAGAAUGGCAAAAGAAUUGUCUUGUAUUAAGGAGAAAAACUUUGAAAAUCUUGCUGCCAUACAAAUAUGUUACAAAUAUCAAGAUAAGCAAACUGUUUGUUUGCCAGAAACAGUUUCUUUAUGCUUGGCCACUUCUGUCUGCAUUUGCCUGCGGAAAAAGAAUGCAAACACAAAAGAGGUGAAUGAAAUGAUAGAAAUUGCAGAUCAUCAAACAAGAUCUCAGGACAUGUCAGAAAGCAGAAAUCUUGGACUCCUCACCAAUAUUCCAGAAGAAACCAACGAUGAACCAGCUAGUCCCUUCAAUGUUGAUUUCUAUGGUCAUAACCACCAGGCCUCUGCCAAUUCUGGAUCUCUAAACUGUGUCACUACAUUACCACCUUGCAUAAAAGUUUUGCCUCCUGAAACAUAUUCUGAGCAGAUUUUGCGGGAACCUUGUGAGUCAGAUGAAUCCUGUAACUUUUCAUGGGAUACUGGAGAACAUGCUUCCUGCUGUGCACCCCCCGAACACAAUCUGGAGCCAGAAAAUCUUUCUUUCACUAAACCUGUGAUGUUCACAGCAAAAAAUACAGACUCUGACAGAAAAACAAAUCAACAGCAGAGAAAAAAUGAUGGCGCUGCUUGUUCCUCCCAAGCUUUAAUGAAAGAAAUAAAAAUAAAUGAUAAAAAGAAGCAGCUAAUGGAAAAAAUAACAUUAUAUGAUGAAAAUAAGAUAAACAGUUAUGACCUUUUUGAAUCUUCAAUAUAAAUAUAUUUCUAUCAGUUAUGACUUCAGAAGAUGGAGCAUUUCUUCACCAGCAAAAUGCAUUUCUUAAUGUACUGUUAUACUUAUAUAUACAAGAAAGCUAUACUGAUGUUACAUAAUAAAAAAGCAUUCCUUUUCAAAUCCAUUUAUAUAUGGAUUUCUCUUAUUUUCCUGUUCUGGUUGAAAUUAUUUUGUUGAAUCCAGCAAAAAUAAGCUGAAGCUUAUUUUGCAAAAAUAAGCAAAAAAAAGAUAUAAAAGAGUAGCAUUCUUCAAUUGCAACUGAUUACUAGUUGGUAUAUUCUCUGAAAACAAAUGUAUUUUUCUUAUUUUGUACAUGGCAUUGAAUUAGAUAAUCUCCCUACAAUUUGCCUAUAACUUGUGACUCAAAACCUGGGGUAUAUAUAUGUCAGUGACAUGCGCUGAGGUUUAUGGCUGGUGAGGCAAAAAGAAAGAAAGCGGCUUU